AUGUCUGCCGCUCAGUAUGGGAUCCACCAGCUUGUCGCGCGGGUCGAUCGAGACCUCGAUAACAUACCGGGGCUGAACGUCAUGGAUGUUUGGGGGCCUGUAGCUUUGGGAGCAAUGUUUGCCUGUCUACUUCAGGGCUAUGUCUUGGCAAUGAGCGUGGGCUACUUCCAUCAAUAUGCAAACAAGGACCACUGGAUUCUUCGUUGUACCUCCGACCUCCGCACCGCGAUGUGUAUCACGCUCAAGUAUAAACAGCUGCUCCUCCUUCUCACAACCGCCGAGACCGGCCUUGUCAUGACCAAAAGCAUCAAGCAAACGGUGAUACACCCUCUCGACGUCUUCUAUGUUCUCGACAUCGCCGCUCAUCCAGACGAAUGGAUCCAUGUCCUCCUCGCCAACAUCAACAUCGUCAUCUGUCAGACCUUCCUGUGCUGGCGGUGUCUCCGUUUCGCUCGGGCCAUGCAGAGUGCAUACGGGCGCUGGGUACGACCGACCACUUUUGCGCUGGCGGGAUUGAUGGGACUUUUGACAAUCGGAUCGACCAUUGGAUCCGUGAUGCUACCGCUUCGGCUAUCCCAAGCCUCAUCACUGCUCGAGGCCCUGGCUGCGUCGUCGUCAACAGGCAAACUGACGUUCUGGUUUUACUACGUCUUCAGCAUCUUCGUUGUGAUGGACGUUGUCAUUGUAUUGUCUACUACCAUACAGCAUCGUGCUGCACGAACCGGAUUUGCUGAAUCCAAUACCAUUCUCAACGUCAUUGUCAAUUUGACCCUGCGCAGCGGAGCCUUGAUCCUUACAUGCCAGCUCGCUCAAUUAAUCCUGUUCCAUCUUAGCGCCUCAUCAUGGGUGCUAUUCCCCCACUCCUUCCUCUCUCGCAUCUACGCCAUCACUGUCCUCUCCACCCUUACCCUCCCCCGCACUGCUCAGAGCAAACUUCGCCAAAAACAGGCCGACGCCGAAGAAGCCAUGUACCCCACGACAGCAGCCAUCCGGCCCCACCGCAGCAACUCGAAUUCAGCCGGCAUCCGAACAGGCCUGAGUGGCGACAUCCCAUCCCAGACAUCGACGCGGUGCGUCUCGUGCGGAGGUUGCAGUGUUGGGCAAUAUGGCAGCAAAGGCCGAGCGAGCUUCGGAACGCCGAGACUCGGCUAUCGCGGACCUGGCGUUGGCGAGCUGGGCGUCAUGAUGCACCCGCGCGAGAAUGGGUUUGCGGAGGCAGAGGGACCAGUCAGCUUCAGGGCCGCGCUGUUUGGGCUGGACGAGGAAGGAAGCGAGGGCAAGGGCUCGCCCGAGAUCGGCGUGGGGCUCGUCGGUCUAGGUGUGGGCAUGGUGAAUCAGGGACAGGAUCUGAAGCUGGAAAAGUGGGACGAGAAGCGGGAAGACCGGAAGGCCGAGGGAAUGGAGAGCGGGACAGCGGUGGUAGGAGCGGUGGCUAUCCCAAUACUGGUAUAA